CGUUACUUUUCACAAGUAGUUUUAUUGAGAAACAAGGAAAAGAAGAAAACACUAAUUUACAUUGUGGUUUUUACUGAUAAUUGAGCGCAAACAGCAAGAGAAAUAACUAAAUUAAACGCCGCAAACAAAAUGGAACGCAAUAAUGGACGCUAUGCCUAUAUACGACGCCAGGGCAGCGGUGGUAAUGGCCCACAUAAUCACCAUCAUCAUCAUAAUAAUUCAAACUCAUCGGCGGCAUCCUCAAAUGCAUCACACAGCUCACAAUAUUCCAAUAAUAGCAUCAAUAAUGCGGCAACAACAAAUAACAGUUCGCUAUAUGCAUCUGCAGUGUCGCAACAAAAUCAGCCGCAGCAGCAGCAGCAGCAUCAAAAUUUGCCCAUAUCCCAGCAUGAUGAAUUGAUUUUAUAUAUACGUGAAGCUUGGAACAAAGUGAACGAGCAGGGCACACCUGUUAUAUACUGUAAUGAAUCUGACAAUCAAUUGAAAAACUUCAAGCCAUUCAAUUUGGAGGAAUAUUGGGGACAGCGUCUGGUCCAGAACAUACAUGUAACCACCACACACCAAUAAAAGCGCCAAACCGUCGCACACAGACACCCACACAUUCAAAUUUAUUCACACCCACACACAAUACAGGCUAAAGGAGCAUAUUAACGUUAGUGCAUGCAAAGUGUUUGACAACAAUUGAUCGGGACAAUUGCCAAAUUUCGUAUAAUGAAGGAUGCUGUUUAUACACAAAUUGACUAACAAUAUUUUUAUUUGUACAUUUUUUUGUAUUGGACUUCGUAUGUUUUUGUUGUAAAAUUAGCAUUUGAUUGGACUGAAAAAAGAAAAAUUUUCAAAAAAUUUCGUAUGUGUCUCAUGAGAAUAUGUAAACUUUCACACUGCCAGCUGAAAGGCGCGUAUAUUGUAUGGUAUAUUAGCAAUACAAUGUUUUCCUUUUAAAACGGCAUCCUUUUAAAAUUAAUUUAUAGUCUUUGACCAUUUUGAAAACGCUCAUACAAACGUAUGCUUUUCAAAAGGCUGAAAACCCUUUGGAUUCCAUAUUUCAAAAUUGCAUGUACGUUUGCGUGUACAUUUAAUUAAAUAAAAUAAAUAUUAAUGGCAAA